AUGUCGAAGAACACAGUGUCGUCGGCCCGGUUCCGGAAGGUGGACGUGGAUGAGUACGACGAGAACAAGUUCGUGGACGAGGAAGACGGGGGCGACGGCCAGGCCGGGCCCGAUGAGGGCGAGGUGGACUCCUGCCUGAGACACUCCCUCACAGGAAACAUGGCAGCUGCUCUACAAGCAGCCCUGAAAAACCCACCUAUCAACACCAAGAGUCAGGCAGUGAAGGAUCGGGCAGGCAGCAUUGUCUUGAAGGUGCUCAUCUCUUUUAAAGCUAAUGAUAUUGAAAAGGCAGUUCAAUCUCUGGACAAGAAUGGUGUCGAUCUCCUAAUGAAGUAUAUUUAUAAAGGCUUUGAGAGCCCCUCUGACAAUAGCAGUGCUGUGUUAUUGCAGUGGCAUGAAAAGGCACUUGCUGCUGGAGGAGUAGGGUCCAUCGUUCGAGUCUUGACUGCAAGGAAAACAGUGUAG